CUGUGGACUGCAGUGACAGUGGGGCUUGCCGUGGACGGGUGUGUUUAGUGCAGUGCCCCCGGCAGUUGUAUGCCCGGGCCAAACCACUGCAUCUGGGGCUGCCAUGAAACCACCACUUACACCCGACUGUUAACACCGGGCUUGGAAGUGAGGUGAGAACAUCUUCCAGACCAUCCUGUAACUCCAGUGAGACAUAUAUACGGUUACUCUUAAAGCUUGUCGGAUUUUGGAGUUUUCACGAUUCAGCCUGCUAAUACGGCAAACGCGUGGUUCAUUCACAGGUCGUAGAUGCAGAUAGCUGCCCUGACAGGAUGAACAACAUCAGGAUGAGGAUGAGGCUCCUUGCCAGCCUCUCGCCCAUGGUCCGCAUGCGCCCUGCUUGGGCCAUGAACCCUAGCCCCGUGAUGGUGACUAGACGGCUGGUCCGACAUCAAGCAUUUGACGCUGGGUUUGACCCGGAUGAGCUAGCCGAAGCACGCAGGUGGCACAAGUCAUUCCAGCCAAGCACUCUUCCACAAGGCGACACUUCCUUUUCACGCUCCAGCGGCCCCGGAGGCCAGCAUGUAAACAAAACAGAGACAAAAGCAACAACCACAUGGCCCAUCUCGAAGCUCCUAGCUCAUCUUCCCAAGAUCUUGCAUGCCAGGCUUCGAGACUCAAAAUACUAUACCAGGGGCAAUGAUUCUAUAACGAUACAGGCACAAACCGAGCGCAGCAGGAGUGCCAAUCAAGCCGAGAACCACCAGAAGCUGUAUGACGAGCUCAUGAAUUUAUACGCGAAGACGGUCCCCGCAGAGUCGAGUCCCGACAAGGCACGUAAAUAUGAGGCAUUAAAGAAAAAAGCACAAGAAGAACGACUAAAGGAAAAGAAGUUCCUCAGCUUCAAGAAACAGUCCAGAAGAGGGUCUGACUACUAAAGUGUCAUGACGACGGUGUAGUGGAGCGUUGCGUGGUCAAAAUGGACGGAAAUUAAGGUUCUAAGCCUCCACCGAAGCAUGUGGUAGACCAACCAAGAUUUCAGAGGAUGAAAAGAAGUUUGAUGUAGUGUAUCUUUUGUGGUAAAGUCCAAGUGAGGUUGAGGAUGGGACCAAGUUGAAGCCGAGCCGAUGCCUCUUAUCGGUUAUCACUUCUCUAUCA